AUUAUCCAGACAGAGACAGGGGAGGCAUAUGGUGAAAAAACAGAGAAGAAUGAAAAAAAAUGAAGGAAUGAAUGAUGGCAAACCCUAGAAGGACCUUAUAUUCAAACACCAACCAGAGCUCAGAGAGCUCAUUGCAUGGCCGUACCUCGUCAUACACUUCAUCUCUAAUGCAGUUCCUUAAGAAACCUCAUGCCUUCCCUUUUCUUCUCUCUGUCUUCCUUUUGCUAACUUGGGUCUCGCUCAGACUCCAACACUCUGCCCACUUCUCCUCCUCUUCUUCUUCUACUCGCAUUCAAAACCCUGGUGAUCACCAUUGGACCCAACUCGAUGAUUCCCAGGCCAAUCUCGUUAGAUUCUCAUCUGGGUUUCCUUCCCGCAUUGCUAAAGACAAGAGGGGUUGGUUGCUCAAUCCCAUUACUCUUGCCCUUGAUUCUGCCAUUUCAGGUGGAGCUGUGACUUGUACUUCGAUCCAUCUUGGAGAAAUCCAACCUGGUGCAGUACGGGGAAAUCAUAGACACUAUACCUGUAACGAGACAUUUGUAAUAUGGGGAGCUAAAACAAAAUUUAGGCUGGAGAACAGCCAAGUGGUUGACAAAGGUUAUGCUGAAGUGGUAGUUGGUGCAGACGAGGUUGCCGUUGCAGCUAGCCCAAGUGGAACAGCUCACGCUUUAGUAAACAUGGAUCCUCUGCGAAGUACUUUCUUUAUAGGUUGCCAGGACAGUAUUAUAGACUAUAACAGCUCGACUAGUGAUUUCAAUGUUUGGAAAGAUCUUUAAAUUUUAUCUUUUUUCUUUCAUUUGGUUCUUUUCUGUAGUAUUCUUUUUGUGAAUAGAUUUAUUUACUUUGCUUACAAAAAGAAACAGAGGAAAAACAACUCCUAUUUUAUUUAUUGUCUUGAAUUUUAAGAUCCUUUUGUUAAUUUUUUGUAAACUUGUGAUUUAUACACCAUGCAGGAUUAAGAUUAUUGAGAAUUAGCUUUUGGGAUUAA